AUGGACACUUCUCAGCUAAGUUUUAAUCCUCUGACCAAGCUGUGUUACGGCAAAACAAGGAGUGUAUCACAGUUAUGGCUAGUAGCCACAGACACUACAGGAGCGUACUACUUGGGGUACUCGUUCAUGGCACCAAAUGUAUGGUCUAAAGAACCAAUAACUGGUCGCCUAGAAAAGUUUUCUCAGCUUCCCGUGCCAGAAAUCCCCCUUAGACAGUCUGAGCUUCCGGCUAAAGAGUCGUUGAUUCUCACGAUUUGGGACUGGUUCCUCCAAUUACCUCUUUACUUUGAUCAGAAGGAUGAUAUUAUGGCGGCAAUUGACCAAGUAUUGACGCUCUGUCGCUCCCAAACCUCCCUUGAUCAAGCUCUAGCUGUUGUCGAAGAGUUCCAACAGGCCAAACGAAUGCCUAUUAUCGCUCGCACUGUUGCAGGAACAUUUUCCGCCUGUGAUAUCCUCGACAAGUCCGCAAUCAUGCUCGCUGAAGACCAAUUUCGAGCUGUCAAACCAGACUUGCGAGCCAACAGCAGAACAACGAGAACCAGUGCCGCAGUAAAAUCAGCCAGAUCUUCAGCUUCCAUGACCACGUCGCCCCUGAGCCACGACAAGCCGUGGCCAGAAAAUAUCACUUUGAAAGUCGAGUCCGCGAAAAAGCGCGCGCAGAGUGGGACAUGGGAAGUGAGUUUCGCUUUGAGAUCGUAUUCUUCGUUACUAUGUGGAGAAGUGAGACAGCAAUUAAAGCCUCAUGAAAAUAUUCAGGAGCUCUGUGCCAAGUUUGAGCAUGUAGUUUUGGAUGAGCCUGGGUACUUGGUCGUGUACAUUUGUGAGCCCCGAGAAACCGGCAACUAUCCGGUGGCAGUCGGCGUUGCUAACAUAUCUCGACUUAUUUAUCUAGGUGUGGCAACCUUCGAAAUCCCAAUGUACUGCUUGCAUGCCAAUGAUGCGGACGGCUGGGGUAAAGCGUUUGAGACAAUUACCCAAGCUAAGACCUCUGUCAAGUACUCAAAACAGGUACGAAGCCUCAAGGUUACUAUGCAAUCAACUGAGUUGACUACUCCAGAUUCUGGGAAUUCUGAUACAAGUCCAAGCUUUUUGAUGGACUCGUUUAAUCCGCAAAAUCGUGUCAUCCUAUCAUGUAACAAUUUCGUUUUGACGACGGAUGAGCCUGGCACGCUUUACUGGAUUAAAAUAACCGCCACAGGAAAUGUUCAGAUUAAUGGCAAAGCCAAUAGUAGCUCCAGGUCAUUCGCUGUCAAGAAUGGCCAAAGUCUGGGACAACAGGUCGAGCUAGCUGGAGAUCUUGAGGAAGGUGUGGUGCUAUUUACUGUAUAUGUCAAAGGUACUGCAUUGUACACUGGGAAAAACAAGAUCAAAGGCUUUCAAGAUGGAAGUAAUACCGUUGCAUUGACAUCAAACAACUCGUUUGUUGGGUACAUCAAGUUGCACGCGCGAAUUCUGAACUCCUCUGUCUCUUAUCAGCCUACUGUUGACAAGCUUUUAAACGGUGGAGGAAAUGUGUCUGCUAUUUCCUUACUUUCUCAGACAACUCAAGUUCAAUUUUAUCGCCAACUUUUCGAACGCACCCUCAGAAGCUUUGUUGAUAGCCCCAAGUCUCGCGACUCGAUUGCUGCGUUGAACGCAAUGUGCGAGAUUGGGGACCGGGUAGGUUACUUGAUGUCUUUGUUUUUUAAUAUCGAGCAAAUACCUGUGCCAAAGCUUUUAGGGUGCCUACUGAGUACUUAUGGCGCAUUCCUUCCCGAGUGCAACAUCUCCGUCCACAGGAACUUGCCAAGGAUACUACAAUGGCUAACACCGCAUUGCACAGUAGAGGUCGAGCUUGUUACCGAAACUAUAAACUCGCUUGCAACCUUUGUGCAAUCUGGGCCAAACUAUUUGAGCAAAGAGGUACUUCGAAACUUUGUUGACAUCAUUAUAAGUUUCAAACCUAUUGUUGGCUUUGAAAAAUUAGCAGAAUAUGUUGAGGCCGUUGUCGAAAUUGUUCCCAUCACUUCGGACUUGGAUGUGAAAAGGCAGAUGUUCUUUUUUUAUGCACAACUUUCCGAUACACCUUUGCUUAGCCAAGGUGAUCUAUGGAUAAGACUGCUUGGUUGGACCAGAACUGCAUGGAGUAGUGAUGACCUUCCCAGUAUUCACGCACUGGCAAUAUUUCUGAAGAAUGUUUCGCUAACGGCUGGAUCUUUGGUUGAAUAUACCUCGAAACUCAUCCCAUUAUUGUUUAGCGUGUUGGCAAACCUGCUAGAGAAGCCAGCAGUCUGCAUAGGAGAUAAGUUAUUUGAUCGCAAUAUGAACACGAAACGUCCAGAAUCAGAAAUGCGUGGACUUUUGAUCUGCGAGUUCACUCUGGUGUUGGGCCUGUUUCUCAGAUCCGAGCAACUUGUAAGCUCGCCAUCAGUUGUUGAUGGUCGAUUUUGCACAAACGCGCUCAAAACAGUUCGUUCACUUGUUGAAGCUCCAGCGUUCCCAAAAAGCUGGGUGUCACUGUAUGUUUUGCAAGUUCGUAUUGCUGUCAGAUGUAUCAGAUAUCUUCGGCCCCUGCUACCAAGCAUCAAGCCAGAAAAAUGCGACCGUCAAGAUCUUGAACUUCACUCCAAGUUUUUGACAUUAUCGGCCCGUAUUUUCGGUCUGCGAUUAAUUAAGCCAGCACUACUAUUCCCGGCAGAGCGUGUAGCGGUGUCUGGAAUCGUGGCUGAUACCUUUGAGCAAUGUCUUGACGAGUUUUGUAAAGUUUGGAAGGAAUUGGGCAGUCACGACACCGACGAGUGCGCAACCGGAGGUCAGAUUCUUGUGGUGAACAGUACCCCAACUUUAAUUCAAGAACUAAUGCGGGCAUUACUGCAAGAUUCAAACCCGGACACGAGGCAAAAACUAAGCACCGUUCUUCAUUCAGUAAUAAUAUCAGGGUAUCACGGUACCGAUGAAGAGGAGGCUAGACGAUUUCUUGCUAUGUUUUUGAACUGCCUGGACGGAGUGCUGUCGGUUUUGGCCAAAGUUGAACUACCAACUCCAGAAGAUGUUUUGAACUUCAUUGAUGCUUUGAAUGUUCCAGAUGCUAUCUUUCUAACAAAACUAGAAACGUUCAUGAAUUUGUCAAUUGGUUAUUAUUUGUAUGAAAACCUGUUCACUGCUGGAAGCGUUUUGAGAUUCUGUGGAGAUCUGAAAUUGAUGAGACUAUUCGAAUUAUACUGUACCCGAAUUUGCUCUAUUUUUCGCGAAAACUUCAGAGUACAUGGUCUGGUGUAUGUUGAACUAGCAAAGCUUUAUCAAUGGAAUGAUUUUUCUGUGGUUAAUGCCAUGGAGUUUCCUAGGCUCCCCCAACAGCGAGCGUCUGGUCGGAAACGAAAAUUAAUGCUGAUGGCUAUUGAUUGUUUCACGAAAGCUAAAGAAUAUGCCAUGGCCAUCUCAAUAACAAAAGAGCUCUGUCGACCAGCUGAAGCAAUCAAAGACUAUAGGUCCUUGAGUGAGUUGUCGGACAAGCUGCACGUUCUCUAUGGAAAGGCCGAAGCCACGCCUGAGCUUGUCACACACUACUACUUGGUAACUUUUCCCGCACAUCGACUACCCCUGUUUUCAAAGAAGCUUUAUAUUCUAGAGGGUGGGGGACUUCGAAUUGACGAGGUUCGAAAUGCGCUGCAGUCUGAGUAUGGCAUACCCUGCGUGAUACGGGAUAGCAUCGAUCGUAAUAAAGAUUUUAUCUUUGUUGAGACUGUUUCACCGUACUAUGAUGAGCUACGAGAGGCAGGCGGUACCGUUGACACGUUUUUCAAGACCCGGCCAUUGCCAGGGUCGACCAGCGUUCUGGAUCUUCAAGUUGAAGAAACCAUAUUCAAAUGUGCACAGGGCUUCUUGCUGAUUUCCGGCAUGUCUCAGGUGGAAAAUAUAAAAAUGAGAGUGCUGAGCCCUGUGGAAACUGCACUGCAAGCAGUCCAGGACAAGGUGUGGCAGUUCAAGGUGCUACUGAACAAAGCCGUCGAAAGGCCACCGGGGUUCGAGAUCCAGCUCGAAAUGGCCCUCUCGGGCGUCAUCACAGCCCCCGUCAACGGUGGAGUGGCUCUUUACGAAGUGUUUUUCACAGAUCCUGAGAUGAGACUAGCCUGCGAAGAGCUGGGCAAGCUUGUGAAACUCGCAAUCGAAAUAUACGCCACAGCGAUUUCUGAAAAGCGGAAACCUCAGGUAGACCUGUUCUGGUCGGCUUUUCACAAAAAUUUUCACUCCGUGGUCAUAUAG